CAAAACCAGAAGCAAAACCAGAAAUACUAUAAUCUGAGAAAAGUAUAUGAAGGUGAACUCCAUAUCAACACAGCUAUUAUUAAUUUGCAGGGAGCAGAAAUUCUAACCCGAAAAAUCUAGAGUUCUUAUUUCAUUUACAGUUGAAGCAUUCUUUGGUCCCCGGCUGAACUGAGUUAAAUCUCAUCAUUCAUUUUCAUUGGGAUGACUGAAGUAACAAUGGCCGUGGUAGCUUCUGCUCCAGGGAAGGUAUUGAUAACAGGGGGUUACCUUAUAUUGGAGAGGCCAAAUGCGGGACUUGUACUCAGUACCAGUGCUCGGUUCUAUGCAAUCGUGAAACCACUGUAUGAAGAAACGAAAUCCGACAGCUACGCAGGGGCAUCGGCAGAUGUUAAAGUGACUUCACCUCAACUCUCCAGAGAAGGCAUGUACAAGCUAGACCUGGAGAAUCUUACAAUCCAAUGUGUUUCUUCGAGUGAAACCAGGAAUUCUUUUGUGGAAUAUGCAAUACAAUAUUCUGUUGCUGCUGCUCAAGCAACAUUUGAUAAGAAUAAGAAGAACUUGUUGCACAAUGUGCUUCUAAAAGGUCUUGGAAUCACAAUUUUGGGUUGUAAUGGUUUUUAUUCGUACAGGAAGCAGAUUGAAGAGCUUGGGUUCCCUUUGACGCCCGAAUCAUUGGCCAACUUUCCACCUUUUACCUCCAUAACCUUCAAUGUUGGGGAUGUCAAUGGAGGAAAUUGCAAACCUGAAGUUGCUAAAACUGGUUUGGGCUCAUCUGCAGCCAUGACAACUGCUGUAGCUGCUUCUGUACUUCACUACCUUGGAGUUGUAAAACUUUCCUCGUCCAAAGAUCAUCAGGAAAGGAAGGAUACAUCAGAUCUUGAUGUUGUGCACAAGAUAGCUCAAACUGCUCACUGUGUUGCACAAGGGAAAGUGGGCAGUGGGUUUGAUGUCUGUUCGGCUGUUUAUGGCAGUCAACGCUAUGUGCGGUUUUCACUGGACUUGAUUUCUUCUGCCCAGGCUGCAGAGAGAGCAGUGCCUUUACCAGAAGUAAUCACUGGCAUUCUAAAGGGUAAAUGGGACCAUGAGAGGACUGAAUUUUCUUUACCACCCUUGAUGAAUCUUUUACUAGGCGAACCAGGAAUAGGGGGAUCAUCCACUCCAUCAAUGGUUGGUGCUGUUAGAAAAUGGCAAAAGUCUGACCCUCAGAAAUCCCUGGACACAUGGAGAAGGUUAUUGGAUGCAAAUUCAGCUCUGGAAGGACGAUUGAAAUUGUUAACAAAAUUAGCAAAGGAACAAUGGGAUGCAUAUAGAUUUGUUAUAAACAAGUGCAGCAAGCUCACAUCAGAUAAGUGGAUAGAACAAGCUUUUGAACCCAACGAAGAGGCAGUUGUUAAUGCACUGCAAGGAGCGAAAGACGCUAUGCUUCUGAUCAGAUCACUUAUGCGCAAGAUGGGAGAGGCCGCAGGUGUUCCAAUUGAACCAGAAUCACAGACACAACUUCUGGAUGCCACUAUGAAGUUGGAAGGAGUUCUGUUGUCUGGAGUUCCAGGAGCAGGAGGAUUUGAUGCAAUCUUUGCUGUUACAUUGGGAGAUUCAAGCAAAGAAGUGACUAACGUAUGGAGUUCACUGAACGUUCUUGCCUUGCUAGUCAGAGAAGAUCCUAAUGGGGUUUGUUUGGAAACUGCUGACCCACGUACCAAUGCAAUCACAUCAACUGUAUCUUCAAUUCAUUCUCAAUAAGUUCAUUUCCACCAAGUAAUAAAUAUUGUGUAAAUCACCACUAUUAAGGUGGAGUCUCUCUUGUGGACUAGGUGAAUUAGUUAGCAAAGUUGGAUGAUCAAUAAACUUUUUGUCAUGUCCUAAGUGAUCAAUAUAAAUGAUUGUACUCCAUGUUGACUAUACCAAA